AUGUUUAGCCCCACCCUCUGCCACACCCUGUCACUGUUACCUAGUCCUCUCAGCGGACCCUCCCUGGGUAGGUUUUCUGUCACUAUCUCCUUGGUAGCAAGUGGCCUUGGCAGAUGUUUGGGGCCUGGCUUUUUUGAGGAUCCUCCCUUUCUCCAUUCCCACUGACAGUUGUCCCUGAGUGGAGACAUGAGGUGGGCAGAGGGUUCAGUCACCCUGAGGAUGCCCCUCUUGCUCCUUGGGCUCUGGGCGGUGCUGGCUCCAGCACAGCAUUCUCAAGGGCGUCCCUCAUGGCGCUACAUCUCCUCCGAGGUGGUGAUUCCAAGGAAGGAGCUGCAUCAUGGCAAAGGUAUUCAGACACCAGGGUGGCUCUCCUACAGCCUGAGUUUUGGGGGCCAGAGACAUGUCAUCCACAUGCGGCGCAAGAAACUGUUUUGGCCCCGACAUCUGGUGAUGAUGACUCAGGAUGACCAGGGAGCCUUGCAGGUGGACUACCCUUUUGUCCCUCUUGACUGUUACUACUUCGGCUACCUGGAGGAGGUUCCUUUCUCUACAGUCACCGUGGACACGUGCUAUGGGGGCCUUAUAGGUAUGAUGAAGUUGGACGACCUGGCUUUUGAAAUCCAACCCCUCAAGGAUUCCCAAAGGUUUGAACAUGUAGUUUCUCAGAUAGUGGCAGACACCAAUGCCACAGGACCCACGUAUACACUGAGGUACAAAGAAGAGAGACAUCCCCUUUUCUCUCAAGUGAAUGCCAGAGCAGACUCCAGGAUCAGCAGUAAGAUGUAUUCAAGCCACCAAGGACAUUUCAAAGGAUGUCUUAUAAGUGCCUAUUCAGUUUAUGUGCAGUACAAAAAUGUGUCAAAAUGUGCCAAAUUCCUGGUAAGUCUAGGUAGUUUAAUUGACUCUAUGCUCCAAGGUAUUGAUAUAAGGUACUACAUCAGCUCCCUAAUCAUUUAUACUGUGAGAGACCCCGUCGACAUGUUCAACUAUCAGGUGCCAGGGAGUCUGUAUCAUGACCAUUACAUACGUAACAUUUAUGGUCUACUUAAGCCACAUACAACCUUAAUUAUGAUUCAGCAUGGGCCCAAAGAUCAUAGUUUUGAACCAGUCAUAUAUGGUAUAUGCAAACCCACUAAUCUCCUCAUGAUGGGUGUUCUGUCAAGACAUUAUUUUUUGUUAUCCGUUUUAGCCACCCAAUUAACUGCGAGAAGUUUUGGUUUAUAUUAUGAUGAGGAAGAAUGUUAUUGCCAGAGAAGGGCCACCUGCAUCAUGGACAGGUUCCCUCUGAUGACAGAUGCCUUCAGUAACUGUUCUAUGGUGCAUGCAGCAAAUGUAGUUAAUUAUGACAGGAAGCACUGCAGCUACGAGAGUGACUUUCAGUAUUUAAAUAGAAGCCUGACAAUGGGUCUGUGUGGAAACUCUGUGGUGGAUGAUGGAGAGCAGUGUGACUGUGGCUCCUUCAAGCAGUGUUACAGCAACCCCUGCUGCACAAGUGACUGCAGCUUUACACCUGGAAGUGCUUGUAACACAGGCAGGUGUUGUACAAACUGCACCUACUCACCCCCGGGGACACUCUGCAGGCCAAUCCAGAACAUAUGUGACCUUCCAGAGUACUGCCUUGGGCGGACCUUCACAUGCCCUGAAGAUGUUUAUCUGCAAGAUGGAACCCCGUGUAGUGAAGACGGCUACUGCUAUCAUGGAAGUUGUACCGACCCCAGUGUGCACUGCAAGGAGAUCUUUGGCGAAGGUGCAGUGAAUGGUCCAUAUGCCUGCUACCUCAUAAAUAAAAAGGGAGACCGAUUUGGACAGUGUACAAGUGAUAAAAACGCCCAAUCGAGUUGUGCUGACGCUAACAUUCAGUGUGGACGCCUACAGUGUACUAAUGUCACACAUCUGCCUAGGUUGCAAGAACACGUUGGAUUCCAUCAGUCUGUAAUACAGGGGUCCUUUUGUUUUGGUGUGGAUUUACACCUUGGGUCAUAUGCAACUGAUGUUGGUCAUGUGAGACCUGGUACCCCCUGUGGUGGUGGGCAUUUCUGUGACAACAGUGUAUGCAAUGGUUCUGUGGCUGCCAUAAACUAUGACUGCUACCCUUCCAAAUGCAACCUCAGGGGAAUUUGCAACAGUAAAAGGAACUGCCACUGCCAUGUAGGCUGGGACCCUCCCCGGUGCAUCCACAAAGGUGCUGGAGGGAGUGUCGACAGCGGACCCCCUCCAAGAACAAUGAGGUCAGUGAGGCAAAGUGAUAUGUCUGUGGUAUACUUGAGGGUGGUCUUUGGGCGCAUGUAUGCCUUCAUAGCUGCCCUCCUUUUUGGAGUGGCCAGUAAUGUGAAAAUCAUCAAGACCACUGUAGUCAAGGAAUUGACAGGUGAAAACUAA